ACAACUUUUACGGGUGGGCGGGGACAUAGUGUGGGCGGGGGCAGAUGAGUCCUUAUCCAGGAGCGUCCGAGGAGUUGGCACCACAGGGUUAGAGACUGCAUAACCGGACCGGCAGUCACCAUGAUCGCGCUGUUUAGGCGAAGCUGCGGGGUACUGAGAAGUCUUUCUCGUUUUGACUGGAGGUCACAACAUACAAAAACUGCCCUACAACGUGAACCAGGAUCAGGAUUUAGUUUUGAAUUCACUGAACAACAGAAAGAAUUUCAAGCUACUGCUCGUAAAUUUGCCAGGGAGGAAAUAAUUCCAGUUGCUGCAGAAUAUGAUAAAACCGGCGAGUACCCUGUGCCUUUAAUUAAAAGAGCCUGGAAGCUUGGUUUAAUGAAUACACACAUUCCAGAAAGUUGUGGAGGUCUUGGACUUGGAACUUUUGAUAGCUGUUUAAUUACUGAAGAAUUGGCUUAUGGAUGUACAGGGGUUCAGACUGCUAUUGAAGCAAAUUCUCUAGGGCAAAUGCCUGUUAUUAUUGCUGGAAAUGAUCAACAAAAAAAGAAAUAUUUGGGGAGAAUGACUGAGGAGCCAUUAAUGUGUGCCUAUUGUGUAACAGAACCUGUAGCCGGCUCUGAUGUAGCUGGUAUAAAAACCAAAGCAGAAAAGAAAGGAGAUGAGUAUAUUAUUAAUGGUCAGAAGAUGUGGAUAACCAAUGGAGGAAAAGCUAAUUGGUAUUUUUUAUUGGCUCGUUCUGAUCCGGAUCCUAAGGCUCCUGCUAGUAAAGCCUUUACUGGCUUUAUUGUGGAAGCAGACACCCCAGGAGUACAGAUUGGAAGAAAGGAAUUAAAUAUGGGCCAGCGAUGUUCAGAUACAAGAGGAAUUGUCUUUGAAGAUGUGAGAGUGCCUAAGGAAAAUGUUUUAAUUGGUGAGGGAGCUGGUUUCAAAAUUGCAAUGGGAGCAUUUGAUAAAACCAGACCACCAGUAGCAGCUGGUGCUGUGGGACUAGCACAGAGAGCUUUGGAUGAAGCUACCAAGUAUGCCCUGGAGAGAAAAACUUUUGGAAAGCUGCUUGUAGAGCACCAAGGAAUAUCAUUUUUGCUGGCUGAAAUGGCAAUGAAAGUUGAACUAGCUAGAAUGAGUUACCAGAGAGCAGCUUGGGAAGUUGAUUCUGGUCACCGAAAUACCUAUUAUGCCUCUAUUGCAAAGGCAUAUGCUGGAGAUAUCGCAAAUCAGCUAGCUUCUGAUGCUGUUCAGAUUUUUGGAGGCAAUGGAUUUAAUACCGAAUAUCCUGUAGAAAAAUUAAUGAGGGAUGCCAAGAUCUAUCAGAUUUAUGAAGGUACAGCACAAAUUCAAAGGCUUAUUAUAGCCCGUGAACACAUUGGCAAGUAUAAAAAUUAACCAGAUCGCCAUGUUAAUAAUUGUUGAGUAAUUAGAAUAUGAUGUACUUUUUAAACUGCAGGAGAGAGGAAACGCUUUAAGGUUUUUUUUCCAGUGAAAUUUUUAACAUAGGUUCUCUUGUACUAAACCUGUACAACUGAUUCUAAUAGUAUUGGGCUGGCCAAAAAGUUUGCUUGGGUUUUUCUAUAAUGUUAUGAAAGAACCUGAACGAACUUUUGGGCCAACUCAAAACUUUUAUACUUUUGUUUAACUUUAUGACUUGCCUUUUCUAUAACACAUUUGGUUUUAUUAAAGUUAUGCAUUUUCCUUUAGUUCCAUUGUACCUGAAUUACAUUAACCUAGAAAAAUACAUUUGGUUUGUUAUUUUACCCUCUGAAAAUUAGAGCAACAGAAAUUUCUUGGAAUUUCAGUGUUUUUCCAAAGACAGAAAAGAAGGUUUAUAAAGUAUUCAGAAUGUUCCAAAAUUUACAUUGAGAAAAUAUUCUAGGAUUUAAAUAACUUGUCAGUGACUUUAUAUAAGUGACUAAUAUAAGACUUACUGGUCUUAUAUUAGAGGAAUUAAUUUUACUGCAAUUUGGAAAGCAUUUGGUUUCUCUUUUGUACAGUAAUAGUCAAAAAUUUGAUGUUCAUAUUCUCCCUUUAUACAGUGACCAGAAGUUACAUAAAGUUUUAAUUCUGAACCCACAUAAUUCUGAGCCCACAUUUCACUUGCCUUAGUUUUAAAAAGUAUGACUCUAUUGGCCCCUGGUUAACCUUUGGUCUAUUGUGUACAAUCUGAUUUCUUGCACAUACAUUCUAAAAAUAAACUUAAAUAAAUUUGUUCAGUGUUAUGUAUCUGUUCAA